CAACAUGAAGAAUCAACGUCAAUUACAGAUAAAGAGACAGACCCACAGAACAGAGAUGAAAGGAAGAGAAGAGACAGAAGACAUGUCCAAAGUGUGGACAGUUCUCACAUGUCAGAAGGUCAGUGUGACUCUGAUGUUAGAAAAAAUCCCAAGAAGACAAAUCUAGGUAAGAAAUACAAACAAUCUCCAAAACAAGAAAGAAUUUCCUCUAUUAAGUCUGGUAAAAACUCAAGAAUAAUUACUAACCUCUCUGACUACAUGGAAACUAGAUCUGAUGAAAGAUGUUAUAUCUGUAAAGAAUGUGGUAAAAGCUUUUGUAACAAAUCUCUGUUCAGAAUUCAUGCAAGAAUCCAUGCAGAAGAUAAGCGAUUUUCUUGUAAAGAAUGUAAAAAAAGCUUUAGUCAUGUAUCCAAUCUCAAAAGACACAUGAGAACUCACACAGGAGAAAUGCCUUUUUCUUGUAAAGAAUGUAAAAAAAGCUUUCGUCAUGUAUAUAAUCUCAAAAGACACAUGAGAACUCACACAGGAGAAAAGCCUUUUUCUUGUAAAGAAUGUGAAAAAAGCUUUAGUCGUUUAUUUCAUCUCAAAAGACACAUGAUAACUCACACAGGAGAAAAGCUUUUUUCUUGUAAAGAAUGUAAAAAAAGUUUUCGUGAUGCAUCUCAUCUCAAAACACACAUGAGAACUCACACAGGAGAAAAGCCUUUUUCUUGUAAAGAAUGUAAAAAAAACUUUAGUCGUAUAUCUGUUCUCAAACAACACAUGAGAACUCACACAGGAGAAAAGCCCUUUUUAUGUAAAGAAUGUAAAAAAAGUUUUAAUCAAAUAUCUACUCUCAAAACACACAUGAGAACUCACACAGGAGAAAAGCCUUUUUCAUGUAAAGAAUGUAAAAAAAGUUUUAGUCAUGUAUGUAAUCUCAACAAACACAUGACAACUUGUAAAACUUUUUCUUGACAAUGUAAGGAUUUAGCGUAAACUCUAAAUUCUAAACUUUUCUGAUAAGAGGUGGACCUCUCAACCCCUGUACCACAGCAGAUUUUACAGGGGGAAAAUUCUGUAUCUCAGAAAAAUGUAAUAAUUAAAAAUAAGCUUUUAAUGCUCUAAACUUCUGGGGUGAAACCCCAAUGUUCUAAUGAACUCCAUUGCUACCUGAGCUUUCAUUUCAUGUACACAGAGCCUCCAUACCAUAUUGAUGAAGGAACUUUAUUAGAGGGAUGCACAAGUGAGUAUUGAAUGUGUAGAAAUGAAUUUUCAAAAAAAAAAAAACUGGUUGAUUUGCUACAGGAGGUCCUUUGUCCCAACGGCAGUUAGACUAAAGAAUGACACAGUUUAGGACUACUGAAACUGCUGCUGGAUUUACUUAUUUAGUUAUGAUGUGUACUUUUACUUCCACUUUUUAUAACUAUUUUAAUUUUUACUGACUAUUUGUUUUUCUAACUGCUAUAUUUAUUGUUUGUCUGCUGUAACAAUUGAAUUUCCCUCGGGUGAUCAAUAAAGUCUGGUCUUGUCUUAUCCUGAUUUUCUUGGACAGUUUUGUUAGGUUUUCAUCGUCUCAAAGCCACAAUUAUCAAAAGCAAAAAAGUAAAGGAUCAAUACAUUUCAAUCUGUUUGUAAUGAUACUAGACAUUGAGUUUCACUGCUGACAAAAUAUGUAAAACAUUUUUCACAAAAUGAUUUAUUUUAAAUGUACAUGUUAAUAGAAAUGAGUUGUUUUGAAUUAUUAGAGUUAACAUCUAGUAGAGAUAGGUAUCGUUAAGAUUUCAUCCAUUAACUCCUCUUAAUCUGCUGCUUUUCACUCUGGUACCUUAUUAGUUUUUUUAUGGAUAUUUUCUGAUGUAAGUUUACACUAAAAUAAAAUGAUCAAUAAAAACUGUUAAGAUUUGUCUAUCCUGCCUUUUUGUCUUCUAUUUUCUUUAUUUUUGCUCCUGAACAUUGAUUUGGAGGAUUAUUCCAGGUAGGAUCAACUCCAUAGCUGCAGUGGGCAGUAUAAGGGAAAUGUGAAUCCUAAUCUACCAGGUAGGUAGAUGGGAAGAGGUAUUUAACUAGGUGACAGUGUGCAGGUGGAGGUUUUUUCUGGCAGUCAUGGUGAGCUGAACAACAAACAUUUCUGAUGUCUGUUUAAUUAUGUUCUGUUUUAUUUCAAGGUUAUCAAGCUCUCAUCCAUUCCAUUUGUGGAAAAUAAAACUAAGUUAAAAUGAGUGGAGUUGUCCAGCGUCCUCCGUUGUCUCCUGAGCCAUUUGAGUUGGGCAGCUUUGAAAAUGAAGAGAAAUAACUGGACAAAUACCAAUGUGUAUUUAUAGGUAAUAGGGAUGGGUACUGAGCUCGGGCAUUGAACAAGCCCCGGGGCAACAUUCUUCAAGACCCCCUUAAUGUUAAGAUGGCACGAAACAGCUAAACGGUCCAAAAUGCUGCGGCUUUCUGUGUUUUUGUAAAAUUACUAUCAUGUUUUCAGAUUGUUGUGUUGCCUUUAACACCGUCAGAGCGGGCUGGAGGAAGAGAUCAGCGUUAGCGCACGUGGAGGGGGCGUGUCUGCAGCUGUGAAUGCCGACCAGAGUCUGUUAUAGGACAGAAAGUUUUUCUGGAAAGACAGUCAGCGGCGAUCUUGUAGGGGACAUGUGAGCGCCCAA